AUGAUAGGACAACAACAAUGGAGAGAUUUAAUAUGUAAAUUUAAGCUUAAAAGAAUAGUUGAUUGUUAUGCUCAUUAUGCUUUAGAAUUGAAGAUACCAUUCGCAAUGAAACUAAUUACUAAAUAUUAUCCUGAUUAUGUAACAUAUAUAACCAAGGAAAUGAAUGACAAUUUUAAUAAGUCUGUUGGACUUGAAAUUGAUUCUGUUGAUAAAUCAGAAGAUGGACUUUUUUCAUCUAAUUGUGCUAGAACUUUUCUAGGUAUGGAAGAUCGUGAUUUCGAAUGGUAUAAUCCUUAUAUGACAUAUAGAACUUUUCUAUUUUUCUAUGAUAAAAUGGUUCGCAAGCAGGAAAAUGAUUGUAAAUUUAAUUACGUACAUAAUGAUCUAGAUUAUGAUGACUUAUUAGCGUAUAGUACAUUCUUUAUCACAGGUACGCAGGGAGAUGUUGGUGCAGUACAAGAGUAUAUAAAAGAAUUAGAAGAUUUAGGUGAACAAUUCACUAUUGUAUCACACCCGGACCUCGAUUUAUCAGCUUAUGAAGCUAAUAUUGCACGCACAACUGUGAAGUCAAAAGAUUUUAUUCAAAGUUAUUUGUCAAAAAAUUAUAACGAUGCGGCAUCACAUUUUAUCCAACAUAAUGUCGAAAUUAUUGAAUAUGUUUUCAAAUUUAAUCCAUCUGUAGUACAUAUAACAUAUUCAGCACUUGGCCUAAUACAACAUAAUACUAUCCUCUGUGGUGACCGUAUUGGUAAUAUGAAUGAAAUAACUCAUAAACAAAAUAAGAAUGUGAUUGAUCAAUCUAUUUUAAAAGCAGCUUAUUGGUUUAUUCAUGAUUUAAAUGGUCUAUCUUUAUUUUUGGACUUUGAGAAUUAUAAUAAUUAUGACCUUGACGUUUUAAUCCAUUAUGGUGGAGUUAACAUAACUCAAUAUUGUAUUGAGCAUAAUAUCCAACAUAAUAUAAUACCAUAUGCUUUUGAUCAAUUUUUAUGGAAACAAGUUCAAAAUGUCAUUGUUACAAAAAACUUUAAGAAACAAUUCAAUAUAAAUAAAAUGUUUGAUAUUGCUAAUUCAACAGAAUUAGAGAAUCGAAGCAAAUUAUCACUAGGUUGGUAUAACCUUAAAAUAGAUAUUUUAAAACAAGAAAUUAUAAAUGUUAAAGAUAACCAUCCUUAUGAUAUGGAAAUGUUAAAUGAAUAUUUGAGACUAAAAUUAGAACUAGAAAACAAGAUUAACAGCACUACUAGUAGUGUAUAUAUAACAACUAUAUCAGGUUCUGACUACUAA